AUGACAACGGAUUGUGGAGAAGACGAGAUGAAGCCUGUGAAAAAGUCUGUGGAGUUUGUGUGGAGUAUUGUGGGAGGGACCUGCCAGGAUGUGACUCCGCCAAUUCCCCGCCCAGGUGUCUGCCGCAUCUCCGUCACAGAGCAGUGUGAAGAGUCCUACACAGAGACUGUAGCCCUGGGGCUAAGCGGAACAUUGAAUGAUGAUUAUUGUGUAUCCUUGAACCAAACUCUGCGUUGCACAUCAGAAAACCUGCUGGCCUGCUCUGUCCUACAAACCACCAUCGCUUACUUCUAUCGACUGGACGGGCUUUUCUCCAUUUCUGGUCAGACGUGUGGCCUUUACCCCGAGGAUGUGGGACUUACAGUAGGCCUUAACCCUCUCUCCUCCUGUCUCGUCGACUUUAUGAGGUUUAUAGGGGAGGGGCUCCAGAGAGACCCGUCUCAGUAUCAAACCUUCAUGUGUGAUGCCAUUCAUACCCUGGUAGACUGUGGCAAGGAAAAACUGGAAGAGUUGCGCCCCUUUGUGAAAGCCUUCUUGCAUGAGGCUCUAGGCUCCUUAAUGAACCUGGCCAAUGUACAGUGUAGAACUAGAGAUCCUCCUCUGGCCUGUUAUAGCUGUCACAGAGAAGAUGACAAUGACUUGUGUAACACAGAGCCACAAAUCUGCUCUCAUAACAAACAGGCUUGUGAGACUGUAAUAGAUGACAAAGGAAGCGGUAACAUUCUCAUCUCUAAAGGCUGUAAAAACCCAAAUGCUUGUAAGUCAAGGACGAACGGCAGUGGGAAGAAAACCUGGUACUGUUGUCAUGAUAACUUGUGCAAUGAGCCAGGCGGAGAACCUUUAGACUUCGCUCAAAAUGUGACGAUUACAGAACCGUCCAGUUGUGAUAUAGACAGCGCUGUGAAGUGUUUGGGUAAUGUUGCCCUAGAGGUUCUGCUGAAUCCUGUCAUGCCUUACAAUGAGAGGCACACAGUCUGUGGGAAACUAUGGAUGAAGGAACAGUGCGUUGUGGUUGCAACUGCUACAUGCUCUGCGAUUGGACGAGACUUCUUCUCGAUGAUUCUGGACACGUUCAGACAGGAAACACGAGAAGUAUGCGCACACUUUGACCCCACUGACCUUGAACCCGAGGAGACUUGUGCUGUAGAAGCGGCUCACGAAUGUGUCAACAGACUAAGCAUGGAUUUGAGUGCAGUAGAUUUUGAAGUGGAUGAGAAAAUCUGUGUAAAUGUGAACUGGACCCUGAAGUGCGUGCGUUCCCGCACAGCAUUGUGCAUGGACGCUCAGAAAGAGGCUGUGUCCCUGGUUUAUGAGUCUUUGCGUGUUGUGCUGAGCUUGGUGGGCGAGGCUUGUGUGUAUGACCCCUUACCCCCAGAGGUCGGCCCUGUCUGUCAACUGAGUGACGGGAGGGAAUGUGUUCAGGACUUCAUUGAUUGGAUCCUGAAACCAGAGGUCGGGACAGAUGAGAAGAUCUGCAGCAUGGCUAAUGAGACGUACAGGUGUAUCUCCGAGCAUACUGCAGGCUGCAACUCUGUCCAGGUGGCGCCACUGGUAAGAGAUGUUCAACUGUACUUGACAGAGGUGGAGGUGGAGUGUUUGGACUUAGACCCUCCAAAGCCCGGGGAAAAAGAUGAACUGAUUGAGCUUCAUCUCUGCACGGAGUCUCUCAUUGGCGAGCUGACGAUCGCGCUGGCAAACCCGUUGGGCCGUGGUAGAAUCUGUGAUCUCAUCGUGGAGUUCCGUGAGUGCCUGGAUAGCAUCCCCUCUGGCCAGAUGUUGGAGAUCGUCACAGACCAGGUGGACAGACUGACCCCUGUGGUGCAGAGUAUCUGGGAUGAACUUUGUGAGAACAUUCCUGAUCCAGACAACACAACAGUUAUCCCCCCUGAACAAGAGCCUAAAACAUGUCGUCUGAAGAAGGCAACUCAGUGUAUCACGACGCAAAUCGCUGAGCUGGUGGCCUAUGGCGUGACUCCAAUCAGUGACAGAUUGGUCAUUUGUGGAAAGUAUGAGAGCACCAAGGAAUGCGUGGAGACAUCCAGCUAUAACUGUUCUAGCCAGAGGAGAGACUCAUUCAGGGAUGCUGUCAGAUGGGUGGAGGUGAUGACAGAGGACCCGCUAGGUACGUUUUCCUCAUGUGAUGCCGAGCAGAGCCCUCUGGUGGAGGAUGUGCGUCAGCGAAUCCACUCGGCCGUGGAGACUAUUGGUGACCUGUGUGUUGAAGAGCAAAACUGUGAUGUAGAUGGCGCUGAGAAGUGUCUGUUACCACUGGUGGAGGGGCUGUUGGAGAUGGGAGAAGAGGAGAAGCUGUGCCGGUAA